AUGACAGGCUCACCAAGGCGAAUCGCCAUUGUUGGCGGAGGCAUCGCGGGCAUAGCUUGCUCGUGGGAGUUGCGAAAGCACAGCGCCCGCAACGUCAGAGUAGAUAUCUAUGAGUUGGAGAGUAAACUCGGCGGGCACGCCAAUUCGGUGCCCUUCAAAGGCAAUGGCACAAGCGUCGACGUUGACACGGGCUUCAUUGUAAUGGACGAAGCUACGUAUCCCCGCUUCAACACGUUUCUCGGUGAUUUAGGCAUCAAGACAAUCCCCACGGAUAUGUCAUUUGGCGUCACGACCACCGACAAAACUUUCGAGUGGAGCAGUCGUUCCAUGGGCAGCUUCGUCGCCACUCUCACGCUGCUGUUGAGCCCCUGGGUAUGGCGUCUGAUAUUUGAUAUUGUUCGCUUUAGCCUGUUCGCCGAAGAUAUCCUCUACGAGCGAGGUACUACUCCUAGACGCGGCGAGGAAGAAAGCUGCCUCAUGUCAACGUCUCUAGAGUCUAUCGGUAGCUACUUAACAAGGCGGGGAUACUCCAGUCAAUUCACGACUUAUUUCUUGAUCCCAAUGGUAGCUGCUCCUUGGUGCAUUGAUCCAGAUGAGUUCAGCAGGAGUUUCCCUGCAAGGCCGCUAAUACACUUUAUGUAA